UUGCUUCUAUCACUCAUUUGUUUUCAGGAGAGAGUUGAUACGGAUUUUGGGAAAGUAAAAGUGACAAUUUAUGGUGAUCGCGAUAAGCAUCCGCUUAUAACUUUCCACGACCUUGCUCUUGACUCUGAGAGUAAUUUCCAAAAUUUCUUCCAAUUCGUCUCAAUUGCUGAAUUUACGGAGAAGUUUUGCAUUUACAAUAUCAAUGCCCCUGGGCAAGAGGUGGAUGCAUCUCCUCUACCAGAAAACUUCGUUUACCCUUCUAUGGACGAAUUAGCCAGAAUUGUCGAAAAUGUCGUUGAACAUUUUGGGCUUCAAUCAUUGAUUGCUUUUGGCGUUGGGGUUGGAGCUAACCUUCUCAAUCAACGUCGCCUUGAUGCGCUUAUCCUUGUCAACUGCGUUGCAAAUGCAGCAGGAUGGAUCGAGUGGGCUUAUCAGAAGAUGAACCUGAGAUAUCUGCGCGGCUCAGGAAUGAAUACGUUCACUGUUGAUUAUCUUAUGUGGCACCACUUUGGGCGACGUCUAGAUGAAUGCAGUCCCGAUAUUGUUCGCCAAUACCGCGUCUACUUCCAGCAUCUGCCCAACCCAACGAAUCUGGCUAUGUUCAUAGAGUCGUAUGUGAAGUAA